AUGCCGCUCAGUUACGAGCGCUGUGAUGUAAAGGACCUUGGUGUACUCAUUUCAGAUAUGCUGCUAGAACUCGUACGACUCAACGACCUCAUACCGCUCAAGGAUGGGCAGCUCACACGGUUCCACUCCAGAGCGCCACCAGGCAUAUCGGUCCGCGAUUAUUUAAAUCGCCUAAUUGUUCAUGCAACACUAUCGCCACCCAUACUUCUCUCCAUGGUGUUCUAUGUCGACCGUCUGUGCGCUCUAUACCCCGCUUUCACCAUCAGCAGUCUUACCGUCCAUCGAUUUCUGAUAACCGCAGCGACCGUGGCCUCGAAAGGCCUCAGCGACAGCUUUUGGACAAAUAACGUGUAUGCAAGAGUCGGAGGUGUUAGCACGAAAGAAUUAGCCCUUCUUGAGGUGGAGUUUUUAAGAAGAGUAGAAUGGCGGAUAGUGCCUAAGCCCGAAGUUUUGGUCGAUUACUACAAGGGACUUGUGGAAAGGGGUAGAGGAUAUGGGCUAGAAGAAGACCCAGACAAGGAUCCUGACAGCUCUGAGGCAUCGAUAUCGUCAACUCCACUAUCGACGCAAGACGAAGAGAGACAUGCCACCGAGUCGUGA